GAACAUAAUGCUGUGCUGAGAGACAAGAGGGAAAAGAGAGGGAAGGUGUGACUGAGAGGGAAGCUUAUCAAACAGAAGGUCGGGACCUUUCAGUAACAAUCCAGGACUACGGGCUGAACUGGCACAGUUGAGAGGUGGAACCUGCUAAUGAACAUUUUGAAAUACAUGGGUGGAAAAAUGAAUUUUCAAGAGUAAAGAAACACAAGUCAACUCAAUAUUAAACACAGGAAAAGCCACAGUCUUUCUUCGACCAUUAUCUCAUUUAAGUAAAUGAAUUGCAACACAAAAGAAUAUCUACUCAAGAAAUACUUGGCAAUGGCAUUCUAGAGUCCUUCCUGUAAGCCCAAAGAAGGAAUUGAAAGCCUUCUACUAUUUCAUUUUCAAUCCUGACUUCCAAACAGCUGCCUGGCUGCUAAGCCUAAAGAUGAACCUCAAUGUUUGGAACCUCAAGGAUAUGUUCAGUGUUCCUCCAGGAGCAAACAGGGCUUCUACCAAAAGUACCCAAUCCAGUGACCACUCGAGUCAGACAGACUCACAGUUUUUGUUCAGUUCACAGUUUGGCCUGGAACCAUCACAGAGAGCAUCCCAGGAAUACACCAUACCAUCCAAACAGCAAAGGAAUUCACAAUGUAACUCCCAGGAUAGUGACCCUAGCAUUUCAGCAAAAUACCAAAGUAAACCUCCUUUAUAUAAUAGCGACUACAAAGACAGGAGUUCAUUUCAGACGUAUGGCAUUGGAAAACCCAGAGGGAUUCUGGAUCAGUUUGAAGAAAGCAAGAGAAAAGCAAAAGAAAAAUAUGACAAUGACCAGCUAAAUGCUGUGAUUUGCAACAUUCAAGUUACCAUUCAAGAGCUGAAAAAGUUAAUUGGUCAAGUUGAUGAGAACACGAAUCUGAGUUACAAAUCUAUAUUGGAGGCAGUGGAAACGGCUUCUAAUGCACUGCAGGGCAGGGCUGCGUCACAACAUGAGUCCAUUAUAAAAGCCCUAUCAGAUACAAGCAGCAUGGAACAAUUCAUAGAGAACAUAGAGAAAAAAAUUGAGAUUAAUGCUGGAGAAACAGCUCAGCUAAAAUCCGACGUGCAGUUACUUCUAACAUGCCUCGAUGCAUUAAAAGCACGGCAAUGUGAGCACUGUGUGGAAACGUCGAAAAAGUUAACAUGGUUCUCAGAUUACGUGAAGUCAAUGGAAAACAAUAUACUAAGCGAACUCCAGAAAUUGAGUUCAGCUCCUAAGUUAUCACUUCACUUAAAAGACAACAGUUCCCAAACCUAUCCAGAAAGUGUUCCAGAUAAAUCUCUCGGAGAAUCUUCCAAAUCCCAGUUGAGAGCAUUAAAAACGUAUGAAGGUGAUUCACUCUUGCAUCAGUCUAACUUACCAAUGAGAUCUGAUUUAACAAAUGAUAGAUUUGCUAGAAAAGGCUGUGCAAGUUGCCAUGUUAAGGAAAAUACGUGUAUGGAAUGUUCUCAUGGAGCACGCAAGGAUUGCUUUAGGGCUCCAUUACGUGGUUUGGAAUCUAGAAUGUUUCACAAGUUUCCCGAGACAUCAGAUUCUCACACCUUUCAAAGGACUUUAGUAGAGAAACCACCCAUCUUAGAAAACCCAUCAUUACAGUUUACACAGAUUUCACAAAUCAGGCAAUUACCAAUAAAUGGUAAUUGCCAGGAAACGUACUUACCUGGAGUAGCGGAGAAAUUCAGCGGCCGUGAAAAUGUUGUUGGAAAUGUGUCUGGAAGAAAAGGUAAAAAUGUCAAAGGGAAGAAAGCCAAAAAGCGAAAAAAACCAGCAAAAAGAAAAAGAACCCAUUGUCCUUUAGAAAAUAAUACAGUUAAAGUUUCCAGAACUCUAGCUGAAAGUUCACAAAAUGAAUCAGAAAAUAUCUCCUGGGGAUUUGGCUGCUCAGUCAAAGAGUCGGCAGAGGAUUAUCCCACUCUUCAUAGUGAGAGCAGUGUGCCUUCAUUACCUGUGCCAGAAAGAAAGACAAGGCGAAAAAAUGUGAAGAAGCUUCCACUUCUGUGUUCCAAUGAGAGACAGGAACAACUGUCAUCUACAAAGCAUGAUGUGUGUGUAGGGGAGAGGGUUGGAGUCUCUAUGGCAGAACAAAAACUUAUGUGCUGGGAUUUUGCCUCGGAGGACAGCAAUCACCUACAUUAUAGUAUUACAAGGGAAAACCACAUGGCCUGGGUUCCCCCUUCAAGACCCUUGUUUGAGAAUGGGUUAACUCAACCCCUUUUACUUACAGAACAAAAGACAUUUUCUCUGUUCUUUGAUAGUAGUGAUGAUUCUAAUUAACCACUUCAAUUCACCUUUAAAUUAACUUUUAGUAUGAUGUAGAGAGGCAUACUCUGAGACAAUUUGCAACUGGUUUUCAUUUUUUAUUAUUUAUGUUCUUGAGUUAUUGAACUUUUUAUUCAGCAGCUUGCAGUUUCAGCGAUAUGGGUGCUAGGGCCCAAAUUACCCUAGCAACAUUGAAUUAAGUCAAAAUAGACAAAAUAAAGAUAGAAGGCACACACCCUAAAGUUAAACUACAGGGUGCUAAGUCCAUAGAUGACUCCCCAUGAGGGUCUCCAUAUAAAUUACAAAUAUAAAAAUAAUGGAUAGCACACCUGAUUUAAAAAAA